AGUAUACCACACAGGGGAUGUCUUGGGAGGAGGGCUCCCAGUCAAUUUCCAACAGGGUGAUUGGCCUCAUGCUUCUGGAGGAGCUUCAGAGAGGACAGAUGGUCGAUCAUAUGGACCUCUAAGAAGUCAGUGCUUUAGCCUUUGUAUACGACUGCAUGGGGAAGAAAAAGUGAGAUUGCACAAGAGGAAAAGUUUCUCCAGGAUAUCUUACCUGCCCUUCACCAUAUGGUCCUAGGGGGUGCACUCAGGAUGGACAAUAGGAACAAAAUAUUUAUUCUUGUGUUUUUGACCAUGUUCUGCUCAACUGAUGCCCAAACUACUGUCUGCAGAGAAGCCUCCGUUGCAGACCUUGUGUUCCUGGUGGAUGGAUCCUGGAGUAUAGGAACGAAGGACUUCAAAAGCAUGCAAGACUUUCUAUACACCCUGGUUAAUGGUUUGGACAUUGGAGAGGAUAAAAUCCAAAUUGGGCUGAUUCAGUACAGUGAUCAGCCCCACAAUGAGUUCUUCUUGAAUACUUUCCACCGCAAAGAGGACAUCUUAAAGAAAAUACAGGACUUGCACUAUAAAGGAGGGGGUACCAAAACUGGAAAGAGUUUGAAGUUUAUGCUGGACAAUCAGUUCAGUGAAAUGGCUGGAAGUCGGCGCUAUGAAGGUGUUCCCCAAAUUGCCAUAGUGAUAACAGAUGGGCAAGCUCAGGAUAGGAUCGAUGAACCGGCAAAGGAGAUCAAGAGCGCAGGCAUUACACUUUAUGCUGUGGGCAUAAAAGACGCUGUUUUGUCUGAGCUUCAAGAAAUUGCUAGUGACCCAGAUGAAAUGCAUGUCUACAGUGUGGAAGAUUUUGCUGGUCUGCAGAGUAUUUCCCAAAAUAUACUUCAGGUGAUUUGUACUACUGUUGAGGAAGCCUCUCGACACAUCACUCAGGUUUCUCCAGCGUGUCGAAAAGCCACUGUGGCUGACAUUGUGGUUUUGGUGGACAGUUCAGCCAGCAUUGGUCUGGAGAAUUUUCAGAAGGUGAAAAGCUUCCUGUACACAGUGAUUUCCAGCCUUGAUGUUGGCCGCAGCCAGAUUAGAAUUGGGCUGGCCCAGUAUAGCAAUGACACCUUCAGGGAGUUUCUCCUAAACCAGUAUUCUACGAAAAGCGACAUUCUGGAACAAAUACAGAAUUUGCCUUUCCGGAGUGGAGGCACUUACACAGGAGCUGCCUUGGAUUUUAUCCGGGAAGGAUACUUCACUGAAUCUGCUGGGAGCAGAGUACAGGAAAACAUCCCGCAAAUUGUCAUUCUGCUCACAGAUGGGGAUUCUAACGAUGAAGUCAAGGUUCCAGCCAGCAAACUGAGGGCAGGAGGCAUCUCCAUUUAUGUGGUGGGAAUUGGUGUCCAGGAUACUACUGAGCUUAAGGAAAUGGCCAGCAGGCCUUUUAAUAAGUUUCUGUUUAGUGUCCACAGUUUUGAUAUCCUCCAAGAUCUUACCAGCAGUCUCCUCCAAACUAUGUGCUUUGCAGUGGAGAGCCAGAUUAAAGCAUUUACAAAGCACUAUGCUGACGUUGUUUUCCUUAGUGGCUCCUCUGAAACAAUGGGAUCCUCCAACUUUGAAGAUGUAAAAAAAUUCAUUGCUCAGAUUGUCGAACAACUUGAUGUUGGGGCUGACAAGUAUCGGAUUGGCUUUGCACAAUACAGUGGAGAAGGGAAAAAGGAAUUUUUGCUGAACACUUACGAGAGUAAGCAAGAUGUUCUCGACCACAUCCAGAGCAGCAUCGUAUUCAUGGGAGGCCCCCUGCAGACUGGGGGUGCCCUGCGAUUUCUGCAUGACGUCUAUUUUAUUGAGGAAGCUGGGAGCCGAUUUAACCAAGGAACGCCACAGUUUACGGUGGUUGUCACCUCUGCUAAAUCUGAGGAUGAUGUCAAGGAAUCCAUAAAGGAGCUGAAAGAAAUGGGAGUGAAAGUUAUAACAGUUGGUGUCUUCAAUUCUGACAGGGAGGAGUUGGAGGAGAUUGCUACCUCACCCUUGGUUUAUCAGGCUGAUGAUGUACAGAGCCUUGAUCAGAUUCAGAAGACUGUGGUAGAUAUUUUGGAAGCACCGGUUCAGCAACAGUAUGAUGAUGCUCUGGAGGCAGAUGUGCCAGCAGUUUGCUCCAGUGCAUCUGUGGCAGACAUUGUCUUCCUUUUAGAUGAAUCCAGCAAAAUUGGUGAAAGGAAUUAUCAUCUGACCAGGACGUUUCUGCUCAAGGUUAUCAGUGCUCUGGAUAUAGCCCCAGAUAAUGUACGAGUUGCCUUGGUACUUUACAGUGACAAACCAAGGUUAGAGUUCAGCCUGGAUACAUUUGAGCAGAAGUCAGAAGUUGUGAACUAUGUGAAAAAGUUGCCGUAUCGUGGAGGGGAAACAUACACUGGUGCUGCCAUAGACUUCCUAAGGAAGAAGGUUUUCACCAAGAAAGCAGGAAGCAGGAAGCAUUUAGGAGUUCACCAGCUGGCUGUGGUGAUCACUGAUGGCCAGUCCCUAGAUAAUUUCACUAGACCUGCAUCCAAGCUUCGCCGGAGUGGUGUCACCGUAUAUGCUGUGGGCAUCCAAAAUAGCUCAGAGAGCAGACAGCUACACAAAAUUGCAUCUCAUCCCCCAAGGAAACAUGUUGCCAACCUGGAAUCUUUUUUGCAGUUAUCGAACAUUGAAUGGAAGAUAAAGAAACGACUUUGUAAUGAGAUUGUUUCACAAACAUUUGUCAUUCCAGUGCGGUCCCGUACACUGAAGGAAGGCUGCGAGGAGACUGAGGAAGCAGACAUUUAUUUCUUGAUCGAUGGCUCAGGCAGCAUCUGUCCACAUGAUUUCCAUGACAUGAAAGUCUUCAUGAAUGAAAUGUUUAGUAUGUUCCAGGUUGGCACCAACCAAGUUCGUUUUGGAGUUGUUCAGUAUGGCAGCACUCCACAAACUGAGUUUGUGAUCACCCAGUACAAUAACAUGGCACAAUUAAAGGAAGCCAUCAAAGUGAUCCAGCAGAUAGGUGGUGGUACCAAUACUGGAGAUGCUUUAAGAUACAUGCAGGGCCUGUUUAAAAGAGCUUCCAGGAACAAUGUUCCCCAGUUCCUCAUCAUCAUUACAGAUGGCGAAUCCCAGGAUCAGGUGACCAAAGCAGCAGAAGAGCUGCGGCAGGAAGGGAUUGUCAUAUAUGCCAUUGGUGUCAAGAAUGCCGUGGAAAAAGAACUGGAAGAUAUAGCGGGCACAAAAGACCGGAUGUUUUUUGUGAAUGAUUUUGAUUCCCUAAAGCUCAUCAAACAUGAUAUUGUGCAAGACAUCUGCUCUCCUGAGGUAUGUAAAAACUUGAAAGCUGACAUUAUUUUGCUGAUUGAUUCUUCUGAAAGCAUGAAUAAAGAUCAGUUUGACCAGACAAAGAACUUCAUUCACUUGAUUGUAAACGGGUCUGAUAUUGGAGCCGAUAGGGUUCAGAUUGGACUUCUCCAGUUCAGUUCAAAUCCAAAAGAAGAGUUCCCACUCAACAGACACCACAACAAGGCUGACUUGAGGAAAGCCAUAUCCACAAUGAAGCAGAUUAAAGAAGGAACAAAGACUGGGAAAGCUCUAGACUUUGCCUCUCCUUACUUUGACACAUCCAGAGGAGGACGUCUGGGCAUAAAGCAGUAUCUGAUAGUGGUCACAGAUGGAGAAUCUGAUGAUGAAGUGAAAAUCCCUGCCAGAGCCCUUAGGAACAAGGGUGUCACCAUAUAUGCCAUUGGAAUACUCAGAGCCAAUGACUCUCAACUUGUAGAGAUUGCUGGCACUCAGGACAAAGUGUUUUCUGAGGAUAACUUUGAAUCACUUAUGUUUUUGUAUAAGACAAUACUGUUUGAAAUGUGCAAUCCUGAGGAAGUGUGCAAACGAACUGAAGUUGCUGAUAUCAUCUUUGUAGUGCAUGGAUCAAAAGACGUUACAGAACUGCAGUUCAAGGCUGUUCAGUGGCUCAUGGAGGCCAUUGUGAAUGACACGGUGAUGGGAAAAGACAAUGUACAGUUUGGGGCAGUUAUCUAUAGUAAUAUUCCCGAAGAGCAAUUCCUGCUGAAUAGGUACUCCACAAAAAAUCAGCUCAGGGAAGCCAUUUCCAAGUUGAUGCCUUUUGGAGAGUUCACCUUUACAGCGAGGGCUUUGGAUUUUGCAAGGGAAAGGUUUGACGUGGCCUAUGGUGGCCGAACAUCCUCUCUUGGUGUCACACGGAUCAUUGUGCUUAUCACUGAGGAGCCAACCACACCAACUGAUAGGCCCAAUCUUCCAGCAGCCUUACAGGCUUUGAGGCAAGAAGGGAUCCAGGUCAUUGCCAUUGGGAUAGAUGAUGCCAGUAGAACAGAACUCGAAGAGAUUGCCGGUGACAAGGGAAGGUGGUUUUAUACUCCAAGUUAUAAUGCAUUGGAAAGUUUACAUGAAAACAUCACUAGUGUAAUAUGUGAUGGAUCAAAGCCAGCUUGUGGCACUCAAGAGGCAGACGUCGUGUUUCUGAUUGAUGGCUCAGGAAGCAUAUCGGCACGCAAUUUCUCUGCUAUGAAGACAUUUAUGAAGGAAAUUGUAGACAGCUUCAUCAUUGCUCAGGACAAAGUCCGGAUUGGGGUGGCCCAGUACAGCAAAGAUCCUCAGAAAGAAUUUUAUCUUAAUGAAUUCGAGACUGACAUUGCUAUAAAGGGGAAGAUCGACAACAUUGUCCAGUUGAAAACCAGCACCUUCACUGGCGAGGGGUUGAGGUUUGUCAAAAGCUUUUUUGAGCCUGUCAACGGGGGCCGUAAAAACAAAGAUGUGUUGCAGUCUCUAAUUGUCAUUACUGAUGGGCAGUCCAACGAUACUGUGGAUGAGGCAGCCAUUGCUCUAAGAAAAGACGGGAUCCAAGUUUUUGCUAUAGGAAUAGGGAUGAGAAAUUCCUUUGAGCUGCUUCGAAUUGCUGGUGAUGCUUGCAGAGUCUAUGUGGUGGAGAACUUUGAAGUUUUGCAAACUAUUGAAAGGAAGAUUGUCAAAGAGAUCUGUGAUCCUGGGGAUCCACCUAGUCAGGACUGCAACAUUGAUAUUUCUGUAGGAGUUGAUCUUUCAGAGAAUGUGAGGCCUACAUCUGCCUUGCAUUUGAAGCAGAAAAUGCAAGCAUAUUUGCCGCGGCUCAUGCAGCAAAUAGGCUCCAUGAUCAAUAUCAGUUGCAUUGCUGAAUCUCCCGUCAACAUCAGGUUUAGGUACCAAGUGUUUUCUGAAAGUGGCCAGUCCUUGUUUGACUCUGACUUUGAAGCAUAUAAUGAGGAGAUCAUUCAAAAAUUCUUGGCUAUGCAAACUACAGUGGACACUUAUUUGAAUAUAGGCUUCCUGCAGUCCUUUUGGGACAGAUCUCUCAGCCUGGCCUCUGCUAAAUUGAAGGUUCUCUUAGUUUUUACUGACGGACCAGAUGAUACCAUAGAGAUGCUCAAAUCAACAGCUGACUUUCUUCGCAGGAAAGGACUCAAUGCAUUUUUAAUGAUUGGCCUGGGAAACUUUAAGGAAUAUCAUGAACUGCAAGAAAUAGAGUUUGGUAGAGGAUUUGGAUAUCAGGAGCCAUUGCACAUUGGAAGCCUGGAACUCCCGAUCAUGUUAUGGAGAGCGCUUGACACUAUCGCUGAACGAGAAUGCUGCCAUGUUUGCUGCAAAUGUUUUGGGGAAGCUGGAAUUCGGGGUGCACAUGGAACUCCUGGAAUGAAGGGAAGUGUGGGCUUUCAAGGCUAUCCAGGCCAUCCUGGUGAGGAAGGGGGAAUGGGAGACCGGGGUCCAAUGGGUGUUUCAGGGAUGCAAGGAGCUGCAGGGUGCCCUGGCUCAAGAGGUCCAAAGGGAAUAAGAGGAUACCGAGGAAGGAAGGGUCAAGAUGGUGAUGUCGGACUUGAUGGCAUUGGUGGAGAGGAGGGAGAACGAGGAUCUCCUGGAUCACCUGGACCAAAGGGCAGCUCAGGACAAAGGGGUAGAAAAGGUCCCAGAGGAAAGCCAGGUGAGCGUGGACAGCCUGGUAUAAGAGGGGACAAUGGAGUUCCUGGAACAGACAACGAUGCCAUUGGUGCACCGGGUAAAAAAGGAAACCCAGGAAAGCAGGGGGAUCCAGGAGACGAUGGUGCACAAGGAGAACCAGGCGAGGAGGGUGCAAAUGGUCCCGAUGGCCACAGAGGUCCUCCUGGCUUAAAGGGUGUACAAGGAGAUGAAGGGGAACUAGGUCCUCCUGGGGAAACUGGGCUGCAAGGCCAACAGGGCACACCAGGUCUACGAGGAAUACCUGGACCUCCAGGACUACAAGGGUUAUCAGGUCCCCAAGGCAGACCAGGAAUUGAUGGCGUGCCUGGCUCUGUAGGGAAAGAAGGAUCUACAGGUCAAAAGGGAGAAUAUGGCGAUCCUGGAGAAAAAGGCCUAAGGGGGCCAUCAGGACCAAGGGGCUUGCCUGGCCUAGAUGGUAAUAAUGGCUAUGGUCUACAAGGAAGGAAAGGAGCAAAGGGACGAUCUGGCUUUCCUGGAAACCCUGGACUACAGGGAGAAGAUGGUGACCCAGGCAUUCCAGGCGAUAAAGGUGCCAAAGGAAUGAGAGGACAAAGGGCCAGUGGUGGAAUGCCAGGGACAGUGGGAGAUCCAGGAGGCCGAGGAGAGCCUGGAAGAAUGGGUCAUAAAGGACAUAAAGGCAUGCUAGCAAUGACGCCUUGCGAACUUGUUAACCUUACAAGAGGAAACUGCCGUAUGACCAGGUGUCCGGUAUAUCCAACUGAAAUGGUGUUUGCCCUUGAUAUGUCUGGAGAUGUUACCCUGGAAUCCUUUGAAAGGAUGAAAGACAUUAUGACCUCUUUGCUGAAGACUAUCGAAAUUACCAGAAGCAACUGUCCAACUGGCGCACGGGUGUCAGUUCUUUCAUAUAACACAAACACAAAAUACCUCAUCCGGUUCUCUGACUUCCAGAAGGAUGACCUUCUUGUGGAGGCAGUUCAGAGAAUUCCACUGGAGCGGUCUUCAGGCAGACGGAAUAUUGGAGGAGCCAUGAGGUUCAUUGCCAGGAAUGUCUUUAAACGUCAUCGUCAAGGUGCCCUCAUGAGGAAAGUUGCAAUAUUUCUCACCGCUGGCCCAUCACAGGAUGUAACCUCAAUCAAUACAGCUGUGUUGGAAUUUAGUGCUCUAGAUAUCACACCUGUGGUCAUUGCCCUCAGUGAAGUGCCUAAUAUAAGGCAAGCCUUUUUGGCAGAUGAUACUCAUCAAUUCCAGUUAGUUGUUUGGGAAUCCAAGGAGGAUGAGGACUUGAACAACAUUUUGCAUUGUGCACUCUGCUUUGAUAAGUGUAACCCAGCUCCUGAAUGUGAAGUGACUGUUCCCCCUCCCAUUAUAAUUAACAUGGACAUAACCUACAUCCUGGAUAGUUCCCAAAAUGUCGGGAGUGAGGACUUUGAGACGAUGAAGGCAUUUGUGAGCAACAUGUUGGAUUGUUUUGUUAUUGCUUCCCUGCCUUUGGAGUCGGAUGGAGGGGCAAGGGUGGCAUUGGUGCAACAUGCUCCACGAAAUUUCACAGUCGACAGGUUAUCAAGCGCCGUGUCUGAAGAGUUUGAUUUGGUCACAUACAACAAUAAAAACCUGAUGAAAAUGCACAUUGACGAAUCUGUUCACCAGCUGGAAGGUCCAUCAGCCGUAGGACAUGCUCUAGAGUGGGCAGUUAAUAAUGUGUUCUGGGAAGCCCCCAGGCCAAGGAAACACAGAGUCAUAUUUACAAUACUUGGGAGCCAGACAAGUUCCUGGGACAGGGAGAAGCUGAGAAAAAUGUCACUAGAAGCAAAAUGCCAAGGAUUCACCAUGUUCACCUUAGCGCUUGGAAGUGGAGUUGAUGAUGCAGAGAUGACAGAACUCUCCAGUGUUCCAGUGGAGCAGCAUCUAUUGCAGCUGGGCAGGGUUGAUAAACUUGAAUUGCCAUAUGCUCUGCAAUUUAGUCGAGCCUUCUUAAAUCUUUUAAAACGAGAAAUGAAUCCUUAUCCUCCUCCAGGCCUGCAGGAAGAAUGUGAAAGCUUGGAUCGAGGAGACACUUAUCAGCAGCUAAUAAGGACAACUGACAGGAUUCUUUUCCCUGAAAUAGUUUACAAUGACACUUUGCGACCAUCAAAGUUACCCAGAAAGAACAUGCGAGAAAAAAUUAUGGAGGCCACCCAAGAACCCACUGAGUACAGAGAAGAAGAGAAGCUGUAUGAUUAUAAAGAGCAUGAGGAUUUCACAGAUAUCAAUGUUCAAGGUGCCAAGAAAACACAGGAUGAAGAAUAUUUUAAGCUAGUACAAAGAACAGGAGAUGCUUGCACUGUGAAUAUGGAUAGUGGUGAAUGCGAAGAUUACACUCUGAAGUGGUAUUUUGACAAAAAACUGGACAUAUGCUCUCAGUUCUGGUAUGGUGGCUGUGGAGGGAACACAAAUAGAUUUGAAACUCGAGAAGAAUGUGAAGCUUUAUGCAUUGAAGCAUCCUAGUGUGGAAAGUGCCAGCCAUAAGCUAUUUUCCUAGUUAACCACUAAAGGAAAGAGGUGAACUAAAUCCAACCUCACAUAAAGCAGGUCAUAGAGAGGAAAUUUGUUCUUAUCUGAUAUCUGUUCAGAUAACAACAAAGAGUCUUGUGGCACUUUAAAGAUUGAACAGAUUUAUUUUGACAUAAACUGUCUAGUCCACAAGAGCUUAUGUUUUGUUGUUUUUCUGCUAUGAUAGAUUAAUAACAGAGCCACUUCUCUGUAGCGUAGUGGCAGACGUGGAUUAUGGUCACCUAUGUUGUGGACUAAGGAAGUGCUUUUGUGACUGAAGAGGUUACCAAGAUGUGCACCUUAUACAGGAGAAAAACAAUAACACCUCAGACAUUUGUAAAUUAGCUCUGGAUUGCCACUGACACAAUGCUAUGACUAGUACAACUUCUCUGCUUAUGACAAGAUGUAAAAUUACAA